UUCGUAUACUCCUCUAAUUCAGUUCCUCAUUAACAUUUCUCCGAUGCAACCUUCGAGUGUUCGAGGUAGAAGGACUCUCAUUACUGUUGGGAUUUUACUACUUUUGACUUUAUUUGGGUACACAAUUCACUAUGCCGCUCCACAGUCGCCGCUGCUAGCUCCCAGCCUACAUCAUACAGACCACGACGUAGGGAUACUGGAAGAUGUAUUGAAUAGAACCCUAGGAUUUCAAAAAAUUUAUGCAAUCAAUCUGCCAUACCGAACAGAUCAUCGUGAUGCAAUGUCGCUGGCGGCAGUGCUCACUGAUCUAGAUAUAGAAUACAUAGAUGGUGUCACGGAUGUGCAUGAAAAAGCCCGUCCGCCUAUGGGUGCUGGUGUUGAUCUAGAUGAACCUACCCUAAGGGCUUUGAGGGCACACGUGAACACAUUAAGACUGAUUGUCGAGAAUAAUAUCACAACAGCGUUAAUCCUCGAAGAUGAUGCUGAUUGGGACAUACGAAUCAAGGAACAGAUGCAGAGCUUCGCGAAGGCGUCUAGCCUACUUCUUCAACCUCUUCAAGGAACGACGGAUCAAUUCGUUGAUCCCUCAUACCCGCAGCCAGCAAGUAAUGAAAGGCCUCAAAAUUUCGAGAUUGGUUCGCAUGCUAUAGAACGGCCGUCGACGUCACCAUAUGGGGAUAUCGAUCGCUGGGACGUCCUCUGGAUCGGUCAUUGUGGGUGUCGCUUCCCUGAGGCGAACGACGGAAAUACCCCAUUGGGUCGUGUUGUGAUUCUGAACGACACGACAGUUCCAGAGAAGCAGCACAUCCAGAUGCAGUUUGGAAACAACGACCUGACAAAUGAGUACCCAAACCACACACGGGUCGUCUCUAGGGCACGCGUGAACACAUGUUCCUUAGCAUAUGCAGUAUCGCAGUCUUCCGCGAGACGUUUGUUAUACGAGAUGGGAUUGAACGUCAUAAAUGGCCCUACAGACUUGACACUUCGCUCGAUCUGCGAAGGCUCCGAAGGCCGUAGGAGUCGCGUUUGCUUAACCGUCCAACCACAGCUGUUCCAGCAUCAUCGAACAAAAGGAGCGAAGUCGAGUUACAGCGAUGUAUCGUCUGAUCACACUGGAUAUAACGAGCAAGCUUUCACGAGAAAUGUACGAUGGAGUACAAGGCUCAAUUUCGCUAAACUGUUAGACGGAGAAACUGACUAUAUUGACUUGUUUCGAGACGGGGAAAAGCCAUUGAAUUUGGGGUUUUAGGGAGGCUACGACAAUAGAUUACACAAUUGUUUUUACAUGGGCCAUUCCAGCCCCAUACUCUUUGAUUGCGGCACUUACUAUCUUCGAGUAGCAUUCGUUUCUGCCGAAUAACUCGUUAAAAAAUAUACGAACAGUCUAUUCGUUAUGGGUUUCACGCAGUACAAAAAGUAACAUGGCAAAUUUAAAUAGGAUUGGCUUCAACGGGCCAUUUAGACGAGGUCAAUACACCUGACACGAGGGUUUUUAUAGAAUCAAAAGCUGC